UCUGGUUAAUAAGUUUUUCUUGGCCCGAGCAGCCAAACAGCCGAACAAAGUGUAUUAUUAAGCUACCUUUUAGAAACAAGUUUUAAAAAUGCUGUUAAAAAGCGGGACUGUCCCUCGCAAAAGUGCGCAGUUGGACAGUAAGCUCUCCCAGACUACGUUCUAGUGUCUAGCUGUUCGGGGGAAUCUACGAUAAAAUCAUUAAACACCCGUGCCUUAAAAACCAACCUCCAAUCUAAGUGUCAAUCAUAUUUAAUGUUCAUUCCUUUAAAUUUACAGUUUCUCGUCAUUCAAAUCUUCAUUUUGAUUUGCUUCUUCCAUUUGUCAUUAUCGAGGAACUUAUUAGAAUUUUUUGGAUUUGGAAGAAUCGGAAAUACCAACAACAACCGUUGGAAUAGCAACAGCAACAACUUUAACAAUGGAUACAACAACUUCAACAGGAACAAAAUGAACCGUCCAAGCAACUUCAACUAUUGGGGUGGCUACUUCAACAACAACAAUUACAAUAGAAACAGCAACAGAAAUAACAACAAUUUUGGACUAAGUUCCUCGAACAUUCAAAAUGCAAGAAGAAGACUUUUAAGCAGUUACAGCUUUUUUGGAUUCUUCAGACCACAAACCCAGCCCAGCAACUCAAAUAAUCCCAACAACAGUGCAAAUAACAAUUACAAUUACAACUACAACAACUAUGGAAGCAACAACUAUGGAUCAAAUUCUAAUAACAACUACAACUAUGAUUAUGUUGGGAAUAGUAAUAAUAAUAAUAAUAAUUAUGGAUCUUAUGGAUCUUCGAGUGAUUACUCGUGAUGAAUUUGUGCGUUAGAAAAUUAUUUUUGUGAUUUAUUUUAAAGAGUUUAAAGAAUAAAUUUGGUAUUUAAG